CACCACCACCAUCAACUGUGCACCACGUCUCUCCUUCCAACAUACGGGGAACGAGAAACUCUUACAAGAGAGGGAAAGAGAGAAAAAAGAACCUUAUAACGAGCCAAACUGAACCCGCUGUUUGGGAGUUUUCUUCCUACUGCUAAUCUAACAGUUCUUUUGCGCAGAGGGAGAUCAUGUUUCGAGCGCAGCAGAAUGAGUUUGACGAUGUCGUCGCUAAGGCGACCGACGAGACUUUGACCUCGGAAAACUGGGGGUAUAUGAUGGACGCUUGGGAGAAGAUUAAUGAUUCUGGAGAGAAUGGGCCCAAGAAUUCUGUCGCGGCAUUGAUAAAGAGACUCGCUCAUCGGAAUGCUGAUGUUCAACUUUAUACACUUGAGCUCGCCAACGCUUUUUCUCAAAAUUGUGGUCCCAAGAUGCACCGGGAACUUGCAUCAAGGUCGUUCACCGAGGCGCUGUUACGGCUUGCUGGUGAUCGGAAUACUCACCAAAAGGUCAAGACGAAGAUUCUGGAGCGAAUGGCGGAGUGGUCGGAGAUGUUUUCGAAGGAGCCAGAUCUUGGCAUUAUGGACCAAGCUUAUAACAAACUUAAAUCUCAGAAUCCUACUAUCCAAGCGCCAUCAAAGCCGCACAAGAAAGAAAUUACUGAUGUUGACAGGCAAAAGGAGGAGGAGGAGCUUCAAAUGGCGCUGGCUAUAUCGUUAAAAGAUCGGACUGCACAAGGGGUAGCUGCUGCGAAGGCCACUCAACAACCCGCUGGCUCUGGUCAGCCGUCUCAAGCUCAAGGCCAAGCUGGGCCUUCGCAGGUAGCGCCGCAUACCACGGCUGCUACUGUCUCGCGAGUCCGUGCUCUCUUCGAUUUCGUUCCUUCUGAAGCUGGAGAGCUUGCUUUUAGGAAAGGCGAUAUUAUCGCCGUGCUCGAGUCUGUCUACAAGGAUUGGUGGAAGGGCUCUUUACGAGGCCAGACCGGAAUUUUCCCGUUAAACUAUGUUGAGAAAUUAUCGGAUCCUACUCCUGAAGAAGUUCAAAGGGAGGCGCAGAUGGAGGCAGAGGUUUUCGCUGAGAUUAAGAAUGUGGAGAAGCUGCUAGCUCUAUUGAGUACUACCAGUGUAGAUACCAAUGUUCAGGAUAAUGAGGAGAUUACGACCUUGUAUCACCAGACGCUUGCUAUUCGCCCAAAGCUUAUCGAACUUAUCGGAAAGUACUCGCAGAAGAAAGAUGACUUUAUGUCCUUGAACGAGAAGUUUAUCAAGGCUAGGAAGGAUUACGAAUCUCUGCUGGAGACAUCUAUGGCCCAACCAGCUUCUCACUAUGGUCGGCCAAAUCAAAGUCCAUACAACUACGGAGGCGAUGCCUAUCCGACCGGUGGUGGAGAGCCUGGUAGGUAUUACACGCCUGCUCCCCAACAUAAUGCCGCAUCUCCAUCCAAUGCCCAUCCCACUUUCGCCCCACCCCAACAGAAGCCUACGGGAGCUCCAUAUCCGGGAGGACGUCGCACAAGUAAUACCUUUUACCCUCCACAAGGCGAUAGCCUUGACAAUCCAUCCCAUGCAGGAGGCGCACCAUUUUAUGUUGUUGGGCAGGCUCCACCUGGUACACAGCUGCCCGGUCGUCAGGGUCCUUCUAGCCCAUCUAUGCCCUCUGCGGACUUUCAUCCUCAGAGGCCCCACCCUAGCCAUACGCCUUCAGGGUCCGGUGCACCUCCAACGGAUGGCCCGUCCCAGCCUCAAGAAUUGGCAACCUCGGCAUAUGAUUCACCCAUGGAGAGUCGACCACCGGGUGGAGGUUUCAACCCGCAGCCAUCCAAAUUACAGUCUACGGAUAGACCACACUCUCCAAAGGCCCCUGGCCAACCCUCGUACACCGGCUAUCAUUACCAACCCCAAUCAAGGCCUCUAUCGGCCGGUACGAAUUCUAACCAACCGUACCCAGAGUCCAGUGGGCCGCCGUCCGUAUACCCAAGCCAGCCAUACCCGUCUCUUACCCCUCAGUCCACUACUCCAGGAGGAACUAGCAACCCUUCGACGCCGUACAAUACCUAUAGCUCCCCUGCAGUCGGUGCUCCACCCCAACCGAACAACAAUGAACUAUUCCUACCACCGGGAAGCAGGGCUCAGAGUUAGUUGGUUGGAUCGUCCAGUAUUUAUCUGGUCGAUUAGUUAGUUAGUCGUCUAGUUUUACCGUGUUCCAAUUAGUCUGUAAUAUCGGCGUUCGUGCGCUGUCUGUCUGUCUGUCUGUCUUGUCUGUCUCUUCUGUUUGAAAAGAACUGGAACUGGGAGUGAUUACUUUGUAGUAGCCGCAGGGAUUGGCUUUGACUGGAUUGAUGGGAUGGCAUAUGGUAGGCGAAUAGAGAUAGGGCUUUUUUGAUUUUUCUUUUUGAUUUUUCUUUUACUUUUUUUCCUUCUCCAUCGAUUUUCUUGAGUGCUCUGGCUGCUUUGUUUGUUUGUCUGGACGAUGGACGAUUCGGUUUGAAAAAGGCGAUUUUACUCGUUCAUUUAUUUUCAAUUUCAUAAAAUCAUUUGAUCUCA